ACUCCUCGCUCGGUUCAACAUGGACUCACUGAAGGUUCUGCUCGUCCUCGCAGUCACCGCCGUCACAGUGAAAGGUAACCUGGAACUAUGAAGACAUAGUCAUUCACUCAAGUCAAGGUUGGCAAUACACAGUUUCUGUUCAAGGACCAGCGCAGCGCAGACUGUACAAGGAUCUGAUGACGGGCUACAACCCACUGGAGAGACCAGUCGUCAAUGACUCUCGGUCUCUCACGGUUCACUUGGGCUUAAGCCUCAUGCAGAUCAUGGAUGUGGAUGAGAAGAACCAGGUUUUGACAACCAACAUUUGGCUACAACUGUACUGGGAUGAUUCUUAUCUCCAGUGGAAUACAUCAGACUAUACAGGUGUGACCAAUGUGAGAUUUCCUGACCAUCUCAUUUGGAAGCCAGACAUCCUGCUGUAUAACAGUGCUGAUGAAAGAUUUGAUGCUACGUUCCACACCAACAUUUUGGUCAACUCUUCGGGCUCCUGUUCCUACUUACCUCCAGGGAUCUUUAAGAGCACCUGCUACAUCGAUGUGCGCUGGUUCCCCUUUGAUGUCCAGAAAUGUGAACUGAAGUUUGGCUCCUGGACAUACGGGGGCUGGUCUCUGGACUUGAAGAUGUUGGAGGCGGAUAUCACAGGUUACAUCGCCAACGGAGAGUGGGAUCUUGUCGAGGUUCCAGGACGGAAGAAUGAGCGUUUCUACGACUGCUGUAAGGAGCCGUACCCUGAUGUCACCUUCACCGUGGUGAUGCGGAGACGAACCCUCUACUACGGCCUCAACCUGCUCAUCCCGUGUGUCCUGAUCUCCACUCUGGCCCUGCUCGUCUUCCUCCUGCCUGCUGACUCUGGGGAGAAGAUCUCACUGGGCAUUACGGUUCUGCUCUCCCUGACUGUCUUUAUGCUGCUGGUUGCAGAGAUUAUGCCGGCCACAUCGGACUCGGUGCCUUUAAUAGCUCAGUACUUUGCCACCACCAUGGUCAUUGUUGGUCUCUCAGUAAUUGCUACAGUUCUGGUUUUACAAUAUCACCACCAUGACCCUGAUGGAAGCAAGAUGCCGAAGUGGACUCGUGUGAUCCUACUGAACUGGUGCGCCUGGUUCCUGCGCAUGAAGCGCCCAGGUGAGGAUCGGGUACGUUCAGCCUGUCACAACAAGGCUCCACGGAACAGCCUGACCAGCAUGGAUCUCAAUGCUAGCGCCUCAGCCCCCCAAUCCACCAAUGGCAACAUGCUCUGUGUUGGCCUCCGUGGUCUGGAGAGCAUCCACUACUCGACAGUUGCCACCUCGUCUGAAUCUGGGGUCCUCUGUGGACGGCUGGUUGGACGAGUAGGUGAGGAUGAGAUUCUCCUCCCCGCUGGCCAGGGCCCCUCAGCGGGCAGCUUGGAACCAGAGAUGGCCAAGAUCCUGGAAGAGGUGCGUUACAUUGCCAAGCGCUUCCGCGACCAAGACGAGGACGUGUCAGUGUGCAACGAGUGGAAAUUUGCUGCGUCUGUCAUCGACAGGCUUUGUCUCAUGGCUUUCUCAGUCUUCACUAUCCUCUGCACCAUUGGGAUCCUCAUGUCAGCACCCAACUUUGUAGAGGCCAUUUCCAAAGACUUUUUCACUUAAAGGCUUUAUCAAUGACAGCAUAAACCAAUCUCUUUCAUCACAGAGUAGCCAUUUGUAAACUCAUGGGGCGGUAAUUUGGUUACAAUUAAGUCUGCUAUAUGGGGCUUGUAUGUCACCAAAUAUUUAACCAUACUUAAAGCAAAGUCAAAUUAAGGACUUCAGGUAAAGUGUUUGUAAUGCAUAAAUAUAAUUUAUGGCUUGCAUUAUGGUGAGGUGAAAUUACCAGCCUUUGACUUUUAUAUUCCACAGUCUAAUGGCAUAUUAAAGAAAAACAUCUACAAUUGACCCUCUUGUACUGUUUUAACAUAAAAAAUACUAAGUAUUGUUUAGCUGUUGUAAUUUUCUAACCUACAAUGAAUACAACUGUGUAUUGUUAUGGGAUGUUGCCUGUGCGUUACUGUUCAUUACAAUGCAUCUAUUCUCACUAAAAUCUACUUGAAAUGUAUUUGUUGCAUCACAUGAAUACUUGUAUAUCCAAAACAGUUAUGUGAUGUUGUAAGUUGCCUUUCUAUUAAUACAAGUUAUAUUGUCAUUAGCACAA